AUCUCACUUACUCUCUCUCAGUCUCACUCUCACUGAGCCUAUAAAUAGAUCAGAACUCAUCAUGAACUUGUCUUCAUCUUUAUGAGCAGAAGGAAACUCUCUUUUCUUCUGUGAUCUCAGUGCAUCAGAUCUUCCAUGGCUUCUCCACUUCUGCAAUUCCUUCAUUAUUUCCUCUUUGUACCUUUUCUUCUUCUCAUGAUCUCUUCUUCUUCAAUAGCCUUCUCCCAUCAAGUUCCCAAGCCUUAUGUUGUUUACAUGGGAAGUUCAGCAUCAAACAGCUUUGGGUCAGAUGCCAAAUUUUCAGAAUCUGCCCAUUUGCAGCUCUUGUCUUCCAUUAUUCCAAGCAAAGAGAGUGAGAGGAUAGUUCUGAUCCACCAUUACAGUCAUGCUUUUAGUGGAUUCUCUGCCAUGCUUACUGAGAGUGAAGCUUCUGCAUUAUCUGAGCACCAUGGGGUAGUGUCAGUGUUUCCAGAUCCAGUUCUUGAGUUGCAUACGACAAGAUCCUGGGAUUUUUUGGAAUCUGAUUUGGGUAUGAUGCCACGUGGCACUGUCCCACAGCAACUACAACACCACUUUUCAAGCGAUGCCAUUAUUGGUGUUAUAGACACUGGGAUAUGGCCAGAAUCUCCAAGUUUAAAUGAUGAGGGUAUUGGGGAAAUCCCUUCUAGAUGGAAAGGCGUUUGCAUGCAGGGUCAUGAUUUCAAGCUAUCCAAUUGCAACAGGAAAUUGAUAGGAGCAAGAUACUAUAAUCUGCAAAUCACUUUAGCUAGCAACAAGACUCAUGGUGGAGUAUCCAAAGGCUCACCAAGAGACUCUGUUGGUCAUGGGACUCACACUGCAUCAACAGCAGCUGGAACUUGGGUAAAAAAUGCUAGUUAUUAUGGUUUAGGAGAAGGAACAGCAAGAGGUGGGUCCCCUUCAACUAGGAUUGCUGCCUACAAGGCCUGCUCAGAAGAAGGUUGCUCAGGUGCCACUAUAUUGAAGGCUAUGGAUGAUGCUGUUAAAGAUGGAGUAGAUAUAAUCUCAAUUUCCAUUGGACUUAGCCCACUGUUUCAAUCAGACUUUCUGAAUGACCCCAUAGCUAUUGGAGCAUUUCAUGCAGAAGAAAUGGGUGUCAUGGUGGUGUGCUCAGCAGGAAAUGAUGGUCCUGAUCCUCUCACAGUUGUUAACACAGCUCCAUGGGUAUUCACAGUGGCAGCUUCUAAUAUUGAUAGGGUCUUCCAAUCAACUGUUGUCCUUGGCGAUGGAAAAACUUUUCAAGGCUCAGGUAUUAACUUCUCAAACCUCACUCGUUCAAAGUUGUAUCCUCUUGUUUUUGGAGGGAAUGUGGCUGCUAGAUUUACCCCUCCAUCAGAAGCAAGGAAUUGCUAUCCUGGAUCAUUGGAUUACAGUAAAAUUGCUGGCAAGAUUGUGAUUUGUGUUGCUGAUGAUGUAGUUGUUUCAAGAAAGAUCAAGAAGCUGGUUGUACAAGAUGCAAGGGCCAUGGGGAUGAUACUGAUUGAUCAGGACAAGAAGGAUGUUCCUUUUGAUGCAGGCGUUUUUCCCUACACAAAUGUUGGUGAUUUUGAAGGGAAUCAGAUUAUAAGUUACGCUAACUCUACCAGGAACCCAACCGCAACAAUUCUUCCAACAGCAGAAGUCGCUAGAAAUAAACCCUCACCAAGUGUUGCUUCUUUCUCAUCUAGAGGUCCUUCAAUCCUUACAGAAAACAUACUCAAGCCAGACAUUAUGGCCCCAGGAAUUGGCAUUCUGGCUGCCAUGAUACCCAUCAACACUGAACCAGGAAGCGUUCCAGCUGGGAAAAAACCAUCCCUGUUUGGCAUAAAAUCUGGUACAUCUAUGGCUUGCCCACAUGUGACUGGUGCUGCAGCAUUCAUCAAAUCAGUACACAAAAGAUGGAGUCCUUCAAUGAUCAAGUCAGCCCUCAUGACUACAGCAACAACCUACAACAACCUGAGGAAGUCUGUGACAAACAGCUCAAAUGACUUUGCCAAUCCACAUGAAAUGGGAGCAGGGGAAAUUAGCCCACUCAAAGCUCUCUAUCCUGGUUUAGUCUUUGAAACAAAUGUGGAAGACUACCUCCAAUUCCUUUGUUAUUAUGGUUAUUCACAGAAAAGGAUAAGAUCAAUGUCUAAGACUAACUUCACUUGCCCAAAGAACUCCAAUAAAGACCUUAUAUCCAACAUAAACUACCCAUCAAUCUCCAUAAAAAAGCUUUGUAGGAACCAGAAAGCUAAAGUAAUCAGAAGAACUGUUACCAAUGUGGGACCCCUUAAUGCCACAUAUACAGCAAAAGUGCAUGCACCAAAGGGAUUAAUUGUCAAGGUGCUUCCCAGUAGACUUGUUUUCUCUGAGAGUGUAAAAAAGCUGUCUUAUGAAGUCUCAUUCUAUGAGAAGGAGGCCCAUGGAGGCUACAAUUUUGGAUCUCUAACCUGGCUUGAUGGUAGGCAUUAUGUUCAUACAGUAUUUGCUGUCAAUGUUCAAUAACUUGGAACUAUUUGUCUAGUGCAGGUUAUGUUCAUGGACAGACAUACACACAAAUACACAUACAGCAUAUUUAUAAAAUUGAUUAAUAUCCAUAAAAUGUAUUGAUUCUUUUGUUUUUCAAGCUAUUCUCUAAGAAUCAGAACCAUAUUCUUUUGUUAUGUUCAAGGCUCCUCAGUAGUUUUGAAGAGAGUUGAGUGUCCUAUGUAAUAGGAUAAAAUUGUGUCCGUGGUUUCUCUAUAUGUAUGGCAUUUUUAAGUGAUCUGUUUUGAGUUUGUAAUUGUCUUCUGUUUAAGAA